AUGAGCGAGGAGCAGGAGCGGGACCGGGCAGCGGGGGGAGCCUGCCUCCCCCGUGCGUCCAGGAGCGCUCGGUUCCAGCUGGAAGACGUCUCCCACGGGCUGUGCCAGAGGCGUGUGGUGCAGCAGCUUAUCAACACAGCGUGUUUUCCUCCGAGACGAGUCCUCUGGCAGCAGCCACAGGACAGCUCAAAAGCUGGCCAAGGGUCAUUGUCAAAGGCUCUGGGUGACGUGGACCAGGUCCGGAUGACCUCGGAGGGCUCCGACUGCCGCUGCAAGUGCAUCCUGCGGCCGCUGAGCAAGGACGCCUGCAGCCGCGUCAGGAACGGCAGCGCGCGCGUGGAGGAUUUCUACACCGUGGAGACGGUCAGCUCGGGGGCCGACUGCAAGUGCUCCUGCACCGCGCCCCCCUCCUCACUCAACCCCUGUGAGAACGAGUGGAAGAUGGAGAAGCUGAAGAAACAGGCCCCUGAGCUCUUCAAGCUGCAGUCCAUGGUGGACCUGCUCGAGGGAACGCUGUACAGCAUGGACCUGAUGAAGGUGCACUCCUACAUCAACAAGGUGGUGGCACAGAUGAACACGCUGGAGGAGACCAUCAAGACCAACCUGAGCAGGGAGAAUGACUUCAUGAAGGAGAGCGUCCAGCACCUCACUGACCAGAUGAAACGCUAUGAGAACUACUCUGACAUCAUGAUCAGCAUCAAGAAAGAGAUUUCCAACCUGGGCUACCAGCUGCUGCAGAAGGAUGCGGCUGCCAUCCCCGAGAGCAAGGCACAGGACACGACGGGCGGCCGAGAGAAGGAGGCAGGGCGGUUCCCCAGCACCCGCAAGGCUCUGGGGGACAGAGCCGGCCCCCGAGCGCCCAAGGAGAAGCCGCUGAAGCCUGAAAAGCCCAAAAAGGAGAACAGCAAGGCCAGGGCGGGGUCCCAGCCCACAGCCAAGCCCAAGCCCCUGGCACACCAGCAGACUGUGGUCCGGGGCAUCACGUACUACAAGGUCGGGCAGGCGGGAGCGGCCGAGGGUCCGGCCGGCAGCCGCGAGGGCCCUGUGAGAGGGGCAGUUGUGUCAGAGCAGCAGGAGGACAGGGGUCCCUCGCCCCCCUCCGCUGAGGGCACCCCAGCCCAAGGUGCUGUGCAGACAGAGAGCACCAGCACCGUGCCCAGCACCACGGCUGCGCCCAGCACCGCCCCGGGCCCCCGCAGCACCGCCCGCAGCCCCCCCGGCCCCGCGCCCGGGCAGGGGGCUGACAGCGCCGGGGACCCCGAAACCCCAAACAGAGUAAAGGAGGCAGAGUGCGAAGGCACCAUUGAGUCAGUGGAGCCCCCCACGGAGCACCACAGCUACGGGCGCAACGAGGGGGCCUGGAUGAAGGACCCAGCAGCCAAGGAUGAUCGCAUCUAUGUCACCAACUACUACUACGGGAACAGCCUGGUGGAGUUCAGGAGCCUCGACAGCUUCAAGCAGGGCCGCUGGAGUAACCUCUACAAGCUGCCCUACAACUGGAUUGGCACCGGGCACGUGGUGUACAGAGGGGCCUUCUACUACAACCGUGCCUUCACCAAGAACAUCAUCAAGUAUGACCUGAAGGAGCGGUACGUGGCAGGCUGGGCACAGCUCCACGACGUGGUGUAUGAGGACACGACGCCCUGGAAGUGGAGGGGCCACUCAGACAUCGACUUUGCUGUGGAUGAGAGCGGGCUCUGGGUCAUCUACCCCUCGGUGGACUAUGACUACUCACAGCAGGAGGUGAUCGUCCUCAGCCGACUUGACCCCGUGGACCUCUCGGUGCGCAAGGAAACCACCUGGAAGACGGGGCUGAAGCGCAACACCUACGGGAACUGCUUCAUCAUCUGUGGCAUCCUCUAUGCUGUGGACACCUACAGCCAGAAGGAAGGGCAGAUCUCCUAUGCCUUUGACACACACACAGACACAGAGGCAGAGCUCCGGCUGCCCUUCCUCAACCAGUACUCCUUCACCACGCAGGUCGACUACAACCCCAAGGAGAAGGUGCUCUAUGCCUGGGACAACGGCCAUCAGAUGACGUACGGGCUCCGCUUCGUGGUCUGAGUGCCCGGGCGGGUCCCACUGCACUCCUGCACCCUCCCUGCGCCGUGCCUGGCUGGGGCACCCUGACGCAGCCUGGCCCUGGCACCCAGCUCCGGCCAGGGCUGUGCCAAGAGCCUGGCUUCCACCCCGAAACCUUCCCCAUCUGCUAUGGCCAUCACCGCACCGUGCCCACUGUGCUGCAGGGCAGGGGGAGUGCGUAAGAGCAGCCCCCAGCAGACACCCCUGUGACAAGGUGGCCCUGGGGCCGUGGCAGCUGGGCCAGCAUGGCCUUCCCAGGGACACAGACGGGAGCCCAGCCCCGUGUCCCUCUGCCACUGCUGGCAGUGCCCGCCCUGCAGUAGCGCACUGAGCACCUCCUGCACUGCCCCCAGCCCAGCCACGCUCCCCGGGACUGUGUGUGCCAUCAGUGCCAGCUGCCAGCGGUGCCAGUGCCGGGACAGCCCCAUGGCCUGGCCCCGUGGGGCGGGCAGGCCCCCUCACUGCCAGGCACCAGCAACAGGUGCCAGUCGCUAUUUUAGGAAAUGUGGUUAAGAUGCCUUUGCUUUUGCUGAUCAUGAGUUUGUUAUUUAAAUGCAUUCACUGGAGCUGUGCAAGUCCCCUUUGGCAGCAGGCGUGGAGGAGCCUGCCCAGAGUGUCCUGCCCGCAAAUCCACCUGCACACUCACCUGCACACCUGCCCACACACCUGCCUGCACCCAGCACUGCACAGGGCAGCCCUCGGGCCUCUCACUCUCCGUGUGAGGCAGAGCGAGGGCUGCAAGCGCUUGGCUUGGUUUUGGUCAUUUUAGACAUGAACAGUAUUAAAACAUAACAGAUGUGAGAGUGGGCUGCGUGUGUUGUCAUUUGUCCUGAAGCUGGGCACGGAGGAGUGGGCAGGCUGGGCGCUCACCAUCCCCAUCCCUCACUGUCCCUGUCCCUCGCCAUCCUUGCCCACUGACCCGACUUCCACGGCCAGGAGCGCCCAGGAGUGUCACAGCUGUCGCACACCUCGCAGGCACAUCUGCACACACCCCGCGUUCCCCCAGCAGCACCAGCACGGUGCCACGGCACUGCAGAGGCGGGAGGGUCCCGGCGCAGCCCCUGCCCUGGGGAAAACCUUUGGCAUUGUCCAGGCUGAGCUGCAGCCCCAGAGCCGCCGGGAGCCGGAGCAGCUGAGAGUGGGCACGGGGAGCAGCUGCCCUGGCGCUGCUGCAGAAUUUGGCAAGCGCGGAGCUGCCGGGGGGCCCGGGUGAGAGCGGCCCCCGCUCCCAGCGCCCUCCCGCUCCUGUCUCCUCGGUCCUGCCGGCCCCGCACGCACCGGCUGCCGGCCACGGAGCUGCCACCGGCCGUGUCCCUGCAUGCGGAAAGGUUUCCUUCCCUCUGCGGAGACCUGAAGCCGGUGCCAGGCGCGGGGCAGCCUGGCAUCCCGUCUCCUGGCCCCACGCUGCUCCAAGGUUCUCCUCUGGCUCACGGAAGCACCGGCCGCCCCUGUCCCUGUCCCUGCCCCUGUCCCUGUCCCUGCACCUGACUC